GUUGUCCAUGUCGGCAGUGCGCACUCGUCUUUCCACGCAACGGAACGCAAAGGGUAACCUUAAUCUCCCGGUUGCACGGACGUCGAAAAUUAAAUAGAGAAAGGAACUUGCUGUCCGAAAUCCCAUUUUGUCCAAUUAAGGUAUCGCCAAACCCAGAUGUAUUGAUGAAUUUAUCCGGCAAACUCCAGCUUUUCCUGCUGCCGGUGCUCCUUGCAGCGCAAGGAUGCAUUGCAUCAAAAGCAGAGGACAGAUUAUUCCGAAGGUUGUUUCGAAGAUAUAACCAGUUCAUCAGACCAGUGGAAAAUGUAUCGGAUCCAGUUACAGUGGAGUUUGAGGUGUCCAUAUCGCAGCUUGUUAAAGUGGAUGAAGUGAAUCAAAUUAUGGAAACAAACUUGUGGCUGAGACAUGUUUGGAAUGACUACAAACUGAGAUGGACUCCAGUAGAAUUUGAUGGUAUCGAGUUCAUACGAGUUCCAUCCAACAAGAUUUGGAGACCAGAUAUUGUUUUAUACAACAAUGCUGUUGGGGAUUUUCUUGUGGAAGACAAGACUAAAGCUCUGCUGAAAUAUGAUGGCACCAUUACUUGGGUUCCUCCAGCUAUAUUCAAGUCAUCCUGUCCAAUGGACAUCACUUACUUCCCCUUUGACUACCAGAACUGCUCUAUGAAGUUCGGGUCCUGGACUUAUGACAAAGCAAAGAUCGACUUGGUGCUCAUUGGCUCAAAGGUCAACCUGAAAGACUUCUGGGAAAGUGGGGAGUGGGAGGUCAUUGAUGCACCUGGAUACAAACAUGACAUAAAGUAUAACUGCUGUGAAGAAAUCUACACAGACAUCACCUACUCUUUUUACAUCCGCCGCUUACCUCUCUUCUACACUAUAAACCUAAUUAUUCCAUGUCUCCUUAUAUCCUUCCUCACGGUGCUUGUCUUCUAUCUCCCGUCGGACUGUGGAGAGAAGGUCACACUGUGCAUUUCAGUCCUCCUCUCCCUCACUGUGUUCCUGCUGGUCAUCACUGAAACCAUCCCCUCAACAUCACUCGUCAUCCCGCUGAUUGGAGAGUAUCUUCUCUUCACCAUGAUCUUUGUGACUCUAAGCAUCGUCAUCACUGUUUUUGUGCUGAAUGUCCACUACCGUACCCCAAUGACUCACACAAUGCCGGAGUGGGUAAGGAUGGUGUUCCUUGGGGUGCUGCCAAGAGUAAUGUUGAUGAGACGGCCUAUUGACCAGGGCUGUUUAGCACCUGCCAGAAUCACAGGAGCAGCAGGAGGAAUCAGCAGCGGAGCAAUUAAGAAGAGAAAGACCAGCAUAGGAGGAGGAAGCAGCUCAGGAAGUGUUAGUAUUGGUGGUAUAGCUGGAGGUGUAGCAUGCCCACCGCUGGAUAGUGGCUCAGGAGGUGGAGGAACCUCCUCAGCUGGUGGCUCUAUGAACUGUGUGGAAUAUGGGGACAUAAACCGUGACCUUCACCGAGACAUGACCAGGAGAUGUCCCUACAGAGGCAAGGAGGUACCAACUCCUGUUCCACCACCAAUGGUUCCCCCUCCUCCCCCUCCUCCUCCUCAAGCCACCCCAGCUCAGAGGCCUCCGGAGUCGGAGCUACCCAAGGUGCCGAGGCCUCUGAAUGCCUCGUCGCCAGUCAAUGCCGUGGUUGCCUUUUCUGUGGUGUCGCCAGAGAUCAAGCAGGCCAUCGAGAGUGUAAAAUACAUUGCAGAAAAUAUGAGGACACGCAACAAAGCCAAGGAGGUGGAGGAUGACUGGAAGUAUGUUGCCAUGGUCAUCGACAGGAUUUUCCUCUGGGUUUUUGUGACAGUGUGUGUGCUGGGAACUCUGGGACUCUUCCUGCAGCCACUUAUAAGUUUCUUUAAAUGAUUAAAUUGUCUUGCCUCUUUUCCAAGCUGCUUUUCUUGUCUACCCCGUUUUCUUUGUACCUUACUUAAGUUACUCCUGGAAAUAUUCUGCACAUUUUCAAAUCAAGCACAAAACUACUGUUGUUCCUUUUCAGGCUUAUCUCACUCUGUGUGUUUAGCAUCUUUAGAGGGCCUUCAUUAUCUAUAGCUUCUAGCUUACAGCUGUAGGUCCUCAUUUUUAUUUUUGUUUUUUUUAACUUUCAAUGGCAUGCUAUAGCAAUACUAACUCAUUUUGUCCUUGCUCACAGAUCACAUAUUUUCCAAACUUUUCCUCCUUUUACCUGACUAUCUCAUUGUCUCCCCUCUGUUUCUUUUACACCUCUUCAGUGUUGUUCCAGGGACUCCAUCUGUUGACAUCUUUUCACACUUUGGCGCUGCAGCUCAGAUGUCAGUUUUUAAGAAAUUCUUAGAAACAUUUUUCACUUAAAGAAUAAAACUAUGAAUACCUUUAAAGUAGCACUUUGUCAUUUCAAACCAGUGAUAACACUGUUAGGAACUAUGGCACAAUAUACUCUUUUUCUCUUUCUGCAAAUUACAGUAGAUAGAUGUUUGGUGAUGAAGAUAAUGU